AUGGAUUAUCGCCUAAUCAUAGAGUUUGUACGCCUACCCUUCGUACUCGAGUUUAAUAUCUGUGAUAUGCUGGUAUCCGCUGCAUUUUUUCUAGGAAUUCUACCACUUGGAUUGGGCAUUACGAUCGCUGAUCCAUCUGAGCUCACUACCUUCUCAUAUGACUACAUUAUCGUUGGAGGUGGAACGGCUGGUCUUGUAGUUGCAAAUCGUCUGACAGAGAACCCUAACAUCACUGUUGCAAUUUUGGAAGCUGCGUGGGAUACUCAAUUUGGCUGGAAUUACACUGUUGUACCUCAAGCUGGACUGAAUCUUCGGACCUUUGAUUAUCCUAGAGGAAAGGCCAUAGGCGGAUGCAGUGCCGUCAAUUAUUUAAUACAUCAAUUUGGUACGGAUGAGGAUUGGGAUAGAUUUGCAAACUUGACUUCGGAGCCUUCUUGGUCUUGGGCAAACAUGAAGCAGUAUGUGCAAAAAUACAAGCAAAUAGUUAAACCCCUUGACGGGCAUAACAUUACCGGGAAGUUCAAUCCCUCCCUACAUGGUUUCAGCGGAAUGGUCCAGGCAAGUCUCCCUGAACUGAGUUUCCCCAUAGACGGCCGUAUUGCGGCUACUCUUGAUCAACUAUCAUCAGAGUUCAAGUUCAACAAUGACACCCUCCGGCUUCGGAAUUCGCAGCAGCUCUCAUAG